UCCGAACAACUGCAAACCACUGCUCCGUCAUGAAAGAGAGGCAAAAACACCAAUCUAGCGUCAAGACACCGGACAAGACUAAUUACCGAGGACUUAGACAAAGACUCAGCACACAAAUAGCAUCUAGCGCUCCUAUUCUAAUAAAACAAACAAACCCAGUAGGAGCUGGCGCAAACAGCGAACAUGAUCAUCUUUCUAUCCCGCAGUGUGCUCCUAUCAAUUUAUUACCCGCAGAUGUUUCUUAUUCUCACCAGCGGAAGUUACCUAGCCUUGUCCUCAGUGGUCGCCUUGGGAGCGAAUAUCAUCUGCAACAAGAUCCCAGGACUGGCACCCCGGCAGCGGGCGAUCUGUCAGAGCCGCCCGGAUGCCAUCAUUGUGAUCGGGGAAGGGGCGCAAAUGGGCAUCAACGAGUGUCAGUAUCAGUUCAGGUACGGCCGCUGGAACUGCUCAGCACUCGGAGAGAAAACAGUCUUCGGACAGGAGCUCAGAGUGGGUAGCCGAGAAGCAGCGUUCACUUAUGCCAUCACUGCAGCUGGUGUAGCUCAUGCAGUGACUGCUGCCUGCAGUCAAGGAAACCUGAGCAACUGUGGCUGUGAUCGAGAGAAACAGGGUUACUACAACCAAGACGAAGGGUGGAAAUGGGGAGGCUGCUCUGCAGACAUCAAAUAUGGAAUUGAGUUCUCAAGGAAAUUUGUAGAUGCAAGGGAAAUUAAAAAAAAUGCCAGGAGGCUGAUGAAUCUGCAUAACAACAAGGCUGGGAGAAAGAUUUUGGAAGAAAGGAUGAAGUUGGAAUGCAAAUGUCAUGGUGUUUCUGGUUCGUGUACUACCAAGACAUGUUGGACAACUCUUCCCAAAUUCCGAGAGAUUGGAUACGUCUUGAAAGAAAAGUACAGUGAAGCUGUUCACGUUGAAGCGGUCAGGGCCACCCGAUUACGACAGCCGACCUUUCUUAAAAUCAAGAAGCCCAGGACCUAUCGAAAGCCCAUGGAUACAGAUUUAGUUUAUAUUGAGCGAUCGCCAAACUACUGUGAGGAGGACAGCUCAACUGGAAGUGUAGGGACCCAGGGAAGACUAUGUAAUCGCACCUCUCUUCACGGAGAUGGCUGUGACCUGAUGUGCUGUGGUCGAGGUUACAAUACCCACCAGUAUACCAAAGUGUGGCAGUGCAACUGCAAGUUCCAUUGGUGCUGUUUUGUCAAGUGCAACACAUGCAGCGAAAGGACUGAAGUCUUCACAUGUAAGUGAGGAAGUUAAUCUGCCAGAAAAAAAAGUCAAAUACUUCAUCCUAGGGGGAGAAGAAACAACGAAGGAGAAAUGGAGAGGAAAGAAAUGGGAAGGAGUCAACAAAAGAAGAAUGGAAUUUAAUACUAACUCGCCACCCUAUCAGUAUAAAUGUACUUUUGAAAAAAUGCACUCUUUGCUUGAGAGGAGUUUGUAGGUUGGCUGAUGUUUCCAUCUCUUGAUCCUCAUAAGCCAGGAGUCAGAUGCAAUUUGAUAUGCAAAUCUGCAAUAUUGCAAUGCACUCUAGGAGCUGCAGUCCAUUCUUUUGAGUGAUAUUGUUGAUAUCUGUACAGUGGGUGAACAAGCUACAACUCUCAGAAUGCUGUGCACUUUACAGUCUCUCCCCACUUUCAUUUUUCCCACAAGAAAUUCUGCUCAACUGUGGCACAAUCCUAUGCUUUGAGAAAACAAAUAUUGUGCACAACAAAGAAACCGUGUGAAGCAACGUGAGUAGUGGGGUGUUAGGAGAGUCAUCAGAUGGCAAAGGAACGCAAAAUAUUAUUCAUUGUAAUUAAGAACUGGAAAUAACUGAGCUGCAUCAUUGCAGAAAUGAUGUGCUGACAUUCAGACUAAGGCAGGAGGAUGUGCAGAUCAUUUUGUUUGAAAAUGACUAAAUAUAUGUCUUGUCCAGUCUCACUGGAGCCAUUUGGAUACCUUAAAAAUGUUUAUUUAUGUUGUAGAACAAAAGCAAGAUUGAGCACUAACGGGUAGUAAUAUUGUAAUUUUUUUUUUAAAAUGUAAACUUGUUAGAUUCCUUUCUGACUUAUAACACAUUAAUUUGGAUAUUUCCCCAAAUAUUUUGUGACAUUAUUUUGCAUAUAUGCCAAUAGUUUAACAAUACAUGUGCCUAGAAUUUAUAGAGGAACUCAUGAACAACUUAAUUUUAAAAUUAACAUCAAGGUAUUCAUAGAUGCAAAUACUCUUCUAAAAAAUAAUUUAUUUUGAAAGGAAGUUCCUGAAUGCUGGGACAAAGGGAUAUUAUAUGCUACAGGUAUGGCUGACCAUAAUUAUUGACAAAAUGUUUUUAUAGUUA